AAAAUCCUUAUCGUGCACGUGGUAAAUGACGAUCGACGGAAUUUUAGAAUUUUAAAUUCGAAAUUUUCAUUUUGAUCAUGCAGACGGUCAAUUCUUAUGUGCAUUUUUCUUCUAACUAUAGUUGAUUUUAUUUUACGAAGGUUCUGUUGAUCUUUGAAUAAAGUAUCGGUGCGUAAAUUUAGUAAAAAUCAUGCAAGUAUCAGCGCCAAAUAAUGUCAAAAUAUAUAACCUUAGUUCUGGGAAAAGUCUUCCCGACUGGUUAUCAGAUCGAAAAAAGAGAGCUUUACUCAAGAAAAGCGCCGAUCUGAGAAGAAGAAUAGAACUAAUUCAAGACUUCGAAAUGCCAGCAGUCAGUUCUACGAUUAGAUUAUCUUCAGAUGGACGUUAUAUUUUAGCUACUGGGAUAUAUAAACCUCGUAUGCGAUGUUACGAAGUUGAUAACUUAGCUAUGAAAUUCGAACGGUGUUUUGACGCCGAAGUUGUAACUUUCGAAAUUCUAUCAGAAGAUUAUAGCAAGGUUGUAUUUCUUCAAUGCGAUAGAUACAUCGAGUUGCAUACGGCCGAAGGAAAAUAUUAUAGAUUAAGGAUGCCUAAAUUUGGACACGAUAUGAAAUACCAUGACGCGACUUGUGAUUUAUAUCUUGUCGGAGCGAGUUCGGAGAUCUAUAGAUUGAAUCUGGAAAGAGGACAGUUCCAAACAUCUUUAGUAUCCCAAUGUAGUAACGAUAUAAAUAAAGUCGUAAUUAAUCCGGUUCACGGUUUAGUUGUCACUGGUGGAAAUGAAGGUAAAUUAGAAGCAUGGGAUCCGAGAAGUGGAUCCUGCGUAGCAUCUUUAGACUGUGCCAUGUCUGCGGUAUCAGAAACAGACAAUGUUAAUGAAAUACCUGCUGUAACAGCGUUGAAUUUCAACGGCUCGUUGACUUAUGGAGUAGGAUUAUCCACCGGCCAGGUUUUACUUUACGAUAUUCGAGCCAAUAAACCAUUUAUCGUUAAAGAUCACAUGUACGGAUGGCCUAUUAAAGAUGUCGAAUUCAUCGGUGAUAAAGUUCUGUCUCUUGAUUUAUCCAUAGUUAAAAUAUGGAACAAGGAAAAUGGUAAAUUGUUCACAUCGAUUGACGCUGGCGAUAAAACACAGUAUAAUAAUUUAUGCGUCGUACCAAACAGUGGUAUGUUUUUCAUCGCCAAUGAGAGUCCGAAAAUUCAAACUUAUUAUAUUCCAAAUCUAGGACCUGCACCCAGGUGGUGUGGUUUUUUGGACGCUUUGACCGAAGAAUUGGAAGAAAAUUCCAAAGAAAUAGCUUACGACGAUUACAUGUUCGUAACACGAAAUCAGUUGGAAGAAUUAGGAUUAACACAUUUAAUUGGUACCGAUUUAUUAAGAGCUUAUAUGCACGGUUACUUUAUGGACGUAAGAUUGUAUAGGAAAGCUAAAUCAGCUGCUGAACCGUUUAACUUUGAACAAUACAAGAAGAAGAAAAUCAAGGAAAAAUUAGACGAAGAGAAAUCUAAUCGUGUGAAGAUUCAAAAAACGCUUCCUGCUGUAAAUAAAUCAUUAGCUUUGAAAUUAAUCGAAGAAGAAAAGAGCGCCAAAAAGAAACGUGCUAUUGAAGCUAAAAGCUUACUGAAAGAUGAACGAUUCUCCGCCUUAUUUAAAGAUCCUGAGUUCGAAGUAGAUCCUACGGCUGAAGAAUACAGACUGCUGAAUCCAGUUUUGAAGAAAUUGGACGAAAAACGACAAAAUAUCCAGAAAAUGAUCCCUCACAUGUUCGACGAAUUACAAGAAGAGGAAGUUAAAAGCACUAGUAGCAGUAGUUCUGAAGACAGUUCUGAUGAAGAAGAACCUGAAUCAGAACCAGAACAGCCUAAGAAAGAAGCUCCGAAAAAACCAAACAAGAAUUCCACCGAUGACAAAGUACAAAAAAUAAUGGCGAAAAAUAAGCCAGCGAAAACUCCUACGUCAUCGGUAACCAAAUUCUACGAACUGAAAACUGGUCGUGAGUUGGCUUUGUUGGACGGAAACAAUGUGGAAAAUAUUGAAGAUGCUACAAAGAAACCUCUCGGCGAACGUAUUCAAGAAGAAGGCGACACUGCUGUAGAAAUGACAUCCUUUGGAAAUAGAACUUAUUCGUAUACACCAUCUGGCAAUAAAGAUCAUCAAAAACGGAUGGUGGAGUUGGAGAAACAUAAAAAAGAACGUAAACGAUUAGUUAGACCAGGACCUGCCAAUUUAAGGAAAUCUAAAUUCUAUUUGGGGCCGAGGAACCGAAAAUUUUGAUCAAUCCGACUUGAAACUUGAUGCGCUGUUUUAUCGUCUACGUGUUGUUUUCCACUUGAUACGAUUUUUAUUGAAAUUAUUUUUGUAAAGAAACAACUGUGAUAUUUAUUUUUACAGUAAACUGAAUAUUUUAAUGUUU